AUGAACAGAACUUCGUUGACCACCAAGUGCAAGUAUGGUAAUUGGUCUGACGUGACUGUUUUUGGAAAGAAAUGCGAACAAGCACCAUGUGAUAAACUAGACGAAGCUUUCCACAGUUUGGAGUCGGUGACCUAUUCACCACCAGUCCUAUACAUACCUCCGAAUGAAUACGUUCGCGAUGGAACAAAUGCCACUUUCUCAUGUAAACCGAAGUACGAAGUCUCUGAGAAUACAUUCGAUGGUCGGCGUCGAUGUGAUAACAGCAAUUAUAAUGGCCUUUCCACUUCUCCAAUCUGUAAAGAAAGGAGAUGUACCUGCCCACAAGACACAUAUUUACAUUCCUUUAAAUGUGACGACAUUUCUGUCCAACAUGGUACAGCAUUGGAAGUGACGUGUAAACCAGGCUACGAGUUUGAUAUCCGUCGAAGAGGUGUUGUUAAACAAAACAUGGACUGCCAGUUUGGGAACUUCAGCGCCGUCCCGCCUUGUAGAAAUGCAUCCUGUUCUUUAACCAAUCCUGCAAACGGGUACUUUAGCAACAACUAUGGUUCAAUAAUUGCUCACGGGCAAACUUUGAUAGAUAUAAGUGUGAUUUUGAAGAUGGUUUGUGUUACUGGUCGCACGAUCCAAGUGGCAACUUUACCUGGUCAAGAACAAACGGGUCUACGAGUCGGGGCGCAGGUCCGAAAUGGCUCUUAUAUGUAUAUGGAGACAUUCCAAAGGACAAUAAAUGAAAAAGCAAUUCUUCUCAGCCCUCAAAGUACUGAACACAAGAGUCGCAGAUGUCUACGAUUCUAUUACUAUAUGUCGGGAAAAAACGUUGGUCGACUGCGUGUGUAUGUCUUAACUGGGUAUGGGCAAAUAUAUGACUUGAUCCCGAAGUGGGAGAAGGCUGAUGGCUAUGGAGAUCAUUGGUGGCUGGCUACACUCGAUGUGGAAUUGUAUUAUGUAAAUGAACAAAUUGGCAUUGAAGGGAAGGUGGGAUCCGGACAUAAUGGCGGGAUUGCUUUAGAUGAUAUAACUUUAUCUGACGACUUUUGCCCUAGAAAGGCGUGCCCCCCGAUUGUACAUCGCUCUGGCAUCAGAGUCACAGGAGGUAAUGGACCCGGUGAAGAGGUGAUGUUGGAAUGUUUGAAUGGACAGAAAAGGUUGAAAAUCACGUGUCAUCAAUCGGAUGGAAUGUGGUCCGAGUCAGCCACUCUGUUUGACUGUGUUGUCCAGUCGUCGGCGACAACAGUAGCAGCAACAACAGUAGCAGCAACAGUAGCAGCAACAACAGGUUCAACAACAGAAGCAGCAACAACGGGUUCAACAACAGUAGCAGCAACAACAUCAACCCAUACUUCAGCCGAAGGAUUCCACUGCAACUUUGACAAUGAUAUUUGCAAGUGGACACAUGAUCCAAGCAGUGAUCUUAAUUGGACAAGACAUCAAGGAGAGACACCAACCAUUUGGACUGGUCCACUUUCUGAUCAUACGUCUAGUAAAUCACCGAGCAGGAAUUUCUUAUUCGAAAACCAGCGGCCAUUGUAUGAUGGGCACUACAUGUUGAUGUCAACAUCAUCAAGUCACCGGGGAGCAAAGGCGCGGUUGAAGAGUCCGAAACUUGGGAGUACUGACCCGAAAUGCUUCAAAUUUUACUUUAACAAAUAUAGCUACCUGGCAGAUACGUACCAUGCAAGUACAUUGAAUGUGUAUGUUGGUGUUGUAGGUGGCUACUUCUAA